AAGUUCACUCUGUGAGUUCAGCUGUGAGUCGAGUCUGGGAUAGUUUUACCGGGCGUGUGUUUCCAGACUUUCCGAAGCAAUGACAGCCUUUAGUGGAGCAGUGUCAUAAAACAGAAGGGCCUAACAGUGGUAUAGGAUGCUGUUUCCAUACCAGGCUGUGAUGUUCCCUGCAAGGAUGUUCUCGAUGGUGCAGGAGUAGAAAUCCCUCAGUAUUUGAGGGGAGACCAGGAAUUUCCUGAAGCAUCUCAGGAGAGUCCUCUGACCCAGCAUCUCUCUCAGUGACCCCCAAGCCCCUCCUUACUCAGGGAUAUCAUGGGACACUUAUCCCCACUCCUCUUCCUCUCCUUCCUUUUCCUGGCCCACCCAUGCAACUCCAUCAGGCCCCAGGUUGUGGAGAGAGCAUCUGCCCCGGAGCAGCCUCAGUCCUCUGGUAAUGCUACGGGGUCAGGCAAGCGGACAUGUUCGGGCGUUGUGGUGUGUAAACCCGGUGUCCUGCUGCCGGUGUGGUUGCCACUCAACCCUCCAGUGGGGGAGCAGGCGGGGAGGGCUGUUGUCUAUUUCCUCUGUCUCAUGUACAUCUUCCUGGGUGUGUCCAUCAUCGCUGAUCGCUUCAUGGCAUCCAUAGAAGUCAUCACAUCUCAGGAGAAAGAGGUGACCAUCACCAAACCAAAUGGUGAAACAACAGUAACCACAGUAAGAAUCUGGAAUGAGACUGUGUCCAACCUCACACUCAUGGCCCUGGGCUCCUCUGCACCAGAGAUCCUGCUCUCUGUUAUUGAGGUGGUUGGGCACAACUUUGAUGCAGGGGAGCUCGGCCCAGGCACCAUAGUGGGCAGUGCUGCCUUCAAUAUGUUAGUGAUAAUUGGUCUGUGUGUUUGGGUGAUCCCUAAUGGAGAGUCUCGCAAGAUCAAACACCUGCGAGUUUUUUUUGUUACGGCUUUUUGGAGUAUUUUUGCCUACAUUUGGCUCUACCUCAUACUGGCUGUCAUCUCACCUGGAAUUGUAGAGGUGUGGGAGGCCGUAGUGACACUGCUUUAUUUUCCGGUGUGUGUGAUCUUGGCUUGGAUUGCUGACCGUCGCCUACUCUUCUACAAAUACAUGCACAAGCGUUACCGUGCUGACAAGAGGCACGGCAUUGUGGUGCAAAUGGAAGGAGACCUUGCACCCAAAGGCAUUGACGUGAUCAUGGAUGGAAAGUUGUCAGAUGGCAGUUCGUGUCCUGGAAACUCCUCCAGUGUGACAGUCUCUGUGCAGACAGGCAAUGAACUAGACCAGAACAAAGAUGAGGUGGUCCGCAUCCUGAAAGACCUGAAGGAGAAACACCCAGACAAAGACUUGGACCAGCUCAUUGAGAUGGCCAACUACUCUGCCCUGGUCCACCAGAAGAAGAGCCGCGCCUUCUACCGUGUCCAGGCAACACGCAUGAUGAUUGGUGCUGGCAACAUAUUAAAGAAACAUGCUGCUGAGCACUCACGUCGCUCAGCAGGCCAGGACACUGACAAGUCCACAUGCUCGCACAUUUGUUUUGAAAAUGCCCAAUACCAGUGUACAGAGAACUGUGGCUCUCUGAGCAUUGGGGUGAUUCUUGAGGGUGGCACAGGCCAGAACACUUUUUAUGUGGACUACUGUACAGAAAAUGGCUCCGCCAAUGCUGGGGCAGACUAUGAAUUCAGUCAGGGAACCCUGGUGUUUUUACCAGGGGAGAGCCACAAAGAGAUCAAGGUGGGCAUCUUGGAUGAUGACAUCUUUGAGGAGGAUGAGCAUUUCUUUGUGCGUCUUCAGAAUCUUAGGUUAGAAGAAGGUGGAAAUGAAGGGACAGGAACUCCACCAAAGGGUAGACUAGUGGAGCCACUGGUUGCCACCAUCACUAUAUUGGACGAUGACCAUGCUGGCAUCUUCACCUUUGGCCAGCGUGUGCUGCGGGUGAGUGAGAGCACAGGUAUGCUGACAGUGACAGUAGUGAGGAACUCGGGCUCCAGGGGCACUGUUGCUGUGCCAUACCAUACAGAAGAUGGCAGUGCCAAGGCUGGGGUGGACUAUGAGGAGGCCAGAGGCGAGCUGGAAUUCACCAAUGAACAGACAAGGUGA